AUGGACACAUUAUCUUUUGAUGAACAAGCGAAAGAAGUCUCAUCCCAUGAGGUUGAGAAUGUAGCUGCUAUUGAAGCAGUAUCGUUUACUGAUGAGCAAGAGAAAGCGCUGGUGAGGAAGAUUGACCUCACCCUCUUGCCCACAAUCUGGGUCAUGUAUUUGUUGUCCUAUCUGGACAGAACCAAUAUCGGGAAUGCGAAGAUUUCCGGUAUGCAGGUAGAUCUCAACUUGACAUCCAACCAGUACUCGAUUGCUCUGGUUGUCUUCUUCGUCGGGUAUGUCUUAUGCGAAGUUCCGAGCAACCUCGCAUUGGCCAAAUCGCGGCCUUCGAUCUUCCUACCUUCAAUCAUGAUCCUUUGGGGAGCCUUGACAUGUGUCAUGGCGGCCAUAAAAACCUUCACUCACUUGGUAGUCCUGAGAAUUAUCUUGGGCUGCAUUGAGGCCGGAUUUGCUCCCGGUGUUUUGCUCCUCCUAUCCUCAUGGUACAAGCAAACCGAACAGUCAAAGAGGUUCGGGGUGUUUAUCUCAGCCGCCGUUCUAUCGGGUGCAUUUGGAGGACUUGUUGCAGCCGGAAUCGUUAAUGGCCUUGAGGGUGUACAUGGUAUCCGAGGCUGGCGAUGGCUCUUCAUCAUCGAAGGCGUCAUGACCAUCAGCGUUGCUAUGAUCUCUAUGUUUAUUCUGCCGGAUUUCCCGACAACGACAAGACGUCUCUCAGACUCUGAGAGACAGAUUGCUGUUGCACGUCUGGCUGCCCAGAAUGUUACAUCUGUAACUGAAGAUACUGAGCAACUGAGUCACCUUUCUGCUUGUAAGGUGGCCUGUCAAGACUAUCGCACCUGGGCUUUUAUAAUUGGUUAUAUGGUCAUUGUCGGCUCGAGCACCCUGACAUACUUCUAUCCUACCCUUGUGAAAGGGCUUUUCGGAAACGCAUCCACCGAACAAAUCAACUUGUUGACAGUGCCUAUUUACGCGGCAGCAUUCGUUGCAACUGGUGUUACCUCAUAUUACAGUGAUAAGGUAUCCACUUGGCGUGGAUUGAUCAUUGCUUCCUGGCUGGCGUUUUCUUUGAUUUGUUCGAUCAUUGUCUGCGCCGUGUACAACUUCACAGCACGAUACGUUCUCCUUGUUCUCAUGGCAGCUGGUCUAUGGUCUGCUAAUGGAGGAACGCUAGCUUAUGCAUCCUCUGCAUUUGCUGGCAUGCACCCGCAGGCCCGGGGAGUUGCCUUAGCCAUGGUUAAUGCAUUAGCCAAUUUAGCGCAGAUAUACGGAUCGUACCUUUUCCCUGAAACUGACAGUCCUAAGUAUAUUAUGGGGUUUUCUGUCAUUUCCGCUAUGUUGGCAGUUGGUGUGAUUGUUUUUGUGUGCCUGCAUAUUUGGUUUCGUCGGCUGUCGCGGUCGCACCAGGUAGUCCAGUGA